UUCCUUUCUCUAUAAAUUUAAUUUGAAACCAAGUUUUAUGGUCUUAUCAACAAAAGCAACUUGUUGGUUGAUUUCCCAAAAAAAAUGGGUCCAAAUUCAAACACUUCAGGUGACGGGAUUCCUAUCAACAUCCCAACAGAGACAACAUCGCCACCUUUAGAGAUACACAAGGUGAAUUUACCGCCAAACAGAAGCCUUUUCCAGAAAUUCAGACACAGACUCUCUGAGAUUUUCUUCCCAGAUGAUCCUUUCUACAGAUUCAAGAACCAGACUUUGUUGAGAAAAUGGGUUCUGGGUAUUCAGUAUAUAUUCCCUAUUUUUCAAUGGGUGCCUCAUUAUAAUUUCAUACUCUUCAGAUCUGAUCUCAUCUCUGGACUCACCAUUGCAAGCCUCGCCAUUCCACAGGGUAUUAGUUAUGCAAAGCUUGCAGAUCUGCCCCCGAUAAUUGGACUUUAUUCAAGUUUUGUGCCACCAUUAAUAUAUUCUGCACUUGGGAGUUCUAGACAUCUAGGUGUUGGUCCAGUGUCAAUAGCAUCUCUAGUGAUGGGCACAAUGCUAAGCGAAUCGGUAUCUCCUAAGGAUGAACCAGACCUCUAUCUUAAACUUGCUUUCACUGCAACCUUCUUUGCAGGUUUAUUUCAAGCUUCUUUGGGUCUAUUUAGGCUAGGCUUCAUUAUCGAUUUUCUUUCCAAGGCCACUCUAAUUGGAUUCAUGGCUGGAGCAGCUAUCAUCGUGUCCCUGCAGCAGCUUAAAGGUUUGCUUGGGAUUGUUCACUUCACUAGCAAGAUGCAGAUAAUUCCCGUUAUGUCCUCUGUUUUCCAACACAGAAAAGAGUGGUCCUGGCAAACCAUAGUGAUGGGCUUCAGUUUCCUAAUAUUUCUACUCACAGCAAGGCAAAUGAGCUUGAAGAAGCCAAAGCUAUUCUGGAUUUCAGCUGCUGCUCCAUUGACUUCUGUCAUCCUGUCAACUCUUGUGGCGUUUCUCUUCCGAUCCAAAUUACAUGCCAUUUCUACAAUUGGCCGAUUGCCAAAGGGUCUGAACCCAUCUUCAAUAAACAUGUUAUUUUUUCAUGGUUCUCAUUUUGGCCUAAGCAUCAAAACAGGCAUUGUAACUGGGAUCUUGUCCCUCACUGAAGGAAUUGCAGUGGGAAGAACAUUUGCUUCUCUGCAAAAUUAUCAAGUUGAUGGUAACAAAGAGAUGAUGGCAAUAGGUGUCAUGAACAUUGCUGGUUCUUUCUCCUCAUGCUAUGUUACUACAGGAUCAUUCUCUCGAUCUGCUGUAAACUACAAUGCCGGAGCAAAGACAGCCUUUUCAAACAUAGUACUGGCAGCUUCAGUGCUUGUUACUCUUUUGUUUCUCAUGCCAUUGUUCUAUCAUACUCCCAACGUUGUUUUGGCCACAAUCAUUAUAACGGCUGUCAUUGGUUUGAUUGACUACAAUGCUGCGUUUCAGUUGUGGAAGAUUGAUAAGCUUGAUUUCUUGGCUUGCUUAUGCUCUUUUUUUGGAGUUCUAUUCGUCUCAGUGCAGAUGGGCCUAGCUAUUGCUAUUGGGGUCUCAAUAUUUAAGAUCCUGCUGCAUGUUACAAGGCCAAACACCAAUUUGUUGGGGAAUAUUCCAGGCACUCAACUGUACCAAAGUCUUAGUCGUUACGAGGAUGCUAAAAGGGUUCCAUACUUCAUCAUCCUUGGCAUUGAAUCUCCCAUCUAUUUUGCAAAUUCGACGUACCUUCAAGAAAGAGUAUUAAGAUGGGUAAGGGAAGAGGAAGAGAGGAUUCAAGCAAAUAAUGAGUGUACCCUGAGAUGCAUAAUUUUGGAUUUGACAGCUGUGACAGCCAUAGACACCAGUGGCAUCGACUCUAUAUAUGAACUAAACAAGACACUAGACAAGAGAUCACUCCAGCUAGUCUUGGUUAAUCCUGUUGGAGAUGUCAUGGAGAAGCUCCACAGCUCAAAAGUUAUUGAUUUAUUUAACUCUAACGGACUUUAUCUGACAGUUGGGGAAGCCAUUGCUGACAUAUCAUCUUCUUGGAAGACUUAAUUAAUUAGGCAUGAGAAGAUAUUAGAAUGAACUUAGAAGUUCAUCGCAACCUGUAUGUGUCACCCUAUAGUUUUGACUGUGUUACAAUGAGUUUUGUAAAAUAGAAAGCUCAAGAACUGCACUUACUCAAAAAUAAUAGAGAUUAUUAUUAUAAGCUAUACUCCAAGUGUGAAAGAAGGUUUAUCGCAAAAUCGACUUCU